AUGCAGAAGUUCACACCCGAACAGCGCGCCGAAAUCGACAGGAUCGAGAAUGCGGCACUCAAUUUUCGGAAUAUGCGCGUGCAAUACGGGUUCACACAGUACGAUGUUGGACUGGCCCUGGGACGGCGCUACGGUGGCGACUUCUCGCAAACCACGAUUUCGCGAUACGAAGCGUGCAACCUGACCUUCCAGAACAUGCGCAAGCUGACGCCCAUCUUUGACGUUUGGAUCAACGAAGCGGCUGCGGCGAUUAGAAACGGAACGACGGUCUCGGAUAUUAUUGAGCAUGGGGCUCAACUGGCAGAUAUUGGUCCGCAGCCAGGGCCUUCUGUUAACAUCAAGAAGCGAAAGAGGCGAGCCGUCCUCGACCUCACCCAGCAGAACGCCUUGGAAUUGGCCUUUUGUUGUAACAAUAAUCCGACGCGCGCCAAAACGCUCGAACUUGCUACCACCCAUGGUUUGGACACCGAGGUGGUCAGGGUUUGGUUCUGCAAUCGUCGACAGAAACGCCGCCGCGGCCCCGACGAUACAUUAGCAGAUCGGGUUCCGUCUGAUGAGGGCACCGCAGAUUCUGAGAUGCACAUCGCAAAGCCGGAGCAGGGAUCUAACUUGAUUGCCGGCUUCGACGAGGGCUCGAAAAAAUAUUACUAUGCGCCGUGUGCCCCCAUUGAAGAGCAUCUUCCGAAAGAUGAGCCGAUAACUGACCAGUUGGCCUAUGUCCAAAAUAGUUCGGCACCUUUUGAUGCUGCUGGAGCUUAUGAUAUGAAGGGUGACGAAACGCUGUCUCUUAACAAUCAUGGCGUUGCUUUCUCCCGAAUUUUUGGG